GCACACACCGGCGCGCGCUGCAGCCCCUUUUUCCAAUUCGCCGGCAGGCUUGGCCAAUCACCUGGCGGCAGCAUCGACAACGGCGGCGGCUGCUUCGGUCGCUUCGGCACCGCGGUAGUAGACGGCGCGCGGCUCGGUCGGGCCCUUCAUUAGCGGGCGCGAGGGGGAAAACGAAAGCAAAAGGCCGCAGAAGCAGCAGCGAGCGCAUCGUGUGUGCCAGCGCGCCGCUGUUUGGGGGCGAAAGUGCGUGUCCUCCGAGCGCGACCUCCUCUCGUCCUCUGUUGCUUGCUUGUUUUGUGGCGGCGGUGGUGGUGGUGUCGUCCCGUGUGCAGUGGUGCCCCGGCGCGGAUGUACUGCUAGAGAAAAAAAAAAACAACCGGCGGCCAGCAAUGAACCGUCCGCGGUACGACGUCCCGCCGGAGCUGACGAACCUGCUGCUCGAGUUCACGGUGAACGUGAUGAUCGAGCGGCCCAGCGACCUGGUGGAGUACGCGGCGCGCUACUUCUCCGGACUCCGCGACGAGCGCCAGCGCAGCGCGUCAUCGGGCCGCCCGCCGGCGAUCGCCGAGAACGACGAGGCCAUCUACAGCGACGACGAGGAGCCCAUGCCCAAGCCACCCAGCCGGUUUUCAAGGCGCAAGUCUGUGUUUGCCGAGCACUACGAUCCGGCCGAGGAUGAUGAUGACGAGGGUGCCAAGGUGGUGUAUCCAAAAUCGGACGUGCAACGCGAGAAGCUCGGCGAGGCGGUCAAGAACAUCCUGCUGUUCAAGUCCUUGGACGUGACUCAGAUGCAGGAGGUCAUAGAUGCCAUGUUUGAACGGAAGGUCAAGCCGGGAGAGGUGGUGAUCAAGCAGGGUGACGACGGUGACAACUUCUACGUGAUCCAGACCGGCACAUACAACAUCUUUGUGACCACGGACAGGGAGCAGGACAAGCUGGUUGGCAAGUACGAGGGAUCGGGCAGCUUUGGCGAGCUGGCACUCAUGUACAACAUGCCGCGAGCGGCCACCAUCACGGCCGUGACAGAGGGCUCCCUGUGGGCCAUGAACCGACAGACCUUCCGGCGCAUCGUGCUCAAGAGCGCCUUCAAGAAGCGCAAAGAGUAUGAGAACUUGCUCGAGAAGGUGCCCAUGCUCAAGUCCCUCAAUCACUACGAACGCAUGAACCUGUGUGAUGCCCUGAUGCCACGGGCGUUCAAGGAUGGGGACCUCAUCAUCAUGCAGGGAGACGCUGCAGAUGGUAUGUACUUCAUUGAAGACGGAACGGUCCGCAUCUGCGUCAAGAAAGACGGCGGAAACGAGACGGAGGUAUCGAGGAUCGGCAAGGGUGGCUACUUUGGAGAGCUGGCACUGCUGACCAAGAAACCCCGUGCUGCCUCGGUGUACUCGGUGGGGCCCGUCAAGCUCGCCUUUCUCGACGUCUCGGCCUUUGAGCGACUCCUGGGGCCCUGCAAGGAGAUCAUGAUGCGCAACAUCGACCAGUACGAGGAGCAGAUGGUCCAGGCCUUUGGAGCCAAGGUCAAUGUGGCCGACCUCCGAUGAUGACCCUGAACACGGCCCUAAAAUUUACCACCACCACCACUGCUCCCUCUAUCCCUCGUCACCCCCCUCCCUGCAUCCCCCUAUCCCCCCCCCCUCCUUUACCCCCGUUAACUAGUCGGUCGGGGCUUGCGCAGCCCUGCUCCCUGCAGCGGCCACUGCUGUCGCCGCAAUAAAAGAGGAGCGCACCGAGCGUCGCCAGAGCGCUGGCAGCUGUGUAGAGCUCACGGCGUGUGGCGUCGGCACUGUGUCGCUCUUUCUCAUGGGUCAACAACAACAGCAGCAACACGAGAGCUGUCGUGGCGGCCACUGGCAUACGAGACAGAGCAGAGAGAGAAGGCGCCAGGGCAGCUGGUGACCGCCUCUUCGCUAUUAUCAAUAUUGUUGUUCUUAUUCCUGUGGAUUUUGAAUGAGGCGGGCGAAUGCAUUACCGAAGCUCAGUUUGACAAGUGCUUCCACAUUAGGGGCAAGUCGCACUCUGUCCUGGUGGGAACUUGCGGGAGCCGGCCGCAACGCUGUCCCUCCCCUCUUCCGGGUUGCGAAGAAAGAGGGACACGAUGCGACCUUUGCUGCCGGGAUUCCCCUUUUGUCAUUUUUGUUUGCCUUUUCUUUCCAUUCUGGCGGCGGUGAACUGCCCGUCCGUACAUCGCCUGUAGGACCAUGGUGUUGAGAGGGUAGACUUAGCCAGACUGCCACCGACUGAAGUGUGUCAGAAUGGCAAGCAUCCUUUCUGCAAUAUGCCGCCUCCUGUCACCAGAUGGCUUCACUGAUACAGCCUAACAAGCCCUUGACCAUGGUCCUUGGGUGCUAGAGUGCAGCAACCUUGCCUCACUUAGGCAUUUAUAGCUCGCUCAGUGGCGCCCUCUUGUCACGGCCAUGCUUCCUCAUGGGGUUGAUUAGUGUUUGUACACCUCAUUAAUAUAGUUUGCAGAACGAACUGUGCAUAAUGCAUAGGUCAUUGUGUUUGGUGACACCACCAGUAUUCUUUGCACCGACUUAGGCUGGUGCAAUCAAGCAUGCGUGCCAGAGUCCUUUGAAAGCAUGUCUCACUGGUGUUUCAUGCAGUGUUGGAACGGCAGCGACGACUGCACUGCGUGGUUGAUGCCUUCUUUGCCUUUGUUCAUUUAUUGAGGGAAAAUGCUGGGAUUUUGUAUUUAGUUCACUCCUCAUUUGGAGACACCAAUGUUAGAUUAGACUUAGCAAAAGCUUUGGAGUCAUGCUAUCAAGCUUUUAGUUACAAUUACGAGAAUGAACUGCACCUCUUCUCGUGCUGCCAGAGAUGUGAAAACUCAUUUAAGAAGGUUUAAAAUAAUUCAUGCCUUCAAAAAAGUUGCAGUGGUGUCUCAGUGUUCAAUAGACAAUUGCAUCUCUAAAGAUAGACCAUCUUUAUGUUCUGAACUGGAGCACUGCUCAGCAGUUCCCAUGCUGUGGUUCUUUAGUGAGGUCAUCAUUUUGGUUUUGCAUUUUACCAGUUUAAGUUGUGAAUAAGACGAGGCUGGUUGUGCUCAUUAGGCUCUCUGUGCAGUCUUAUAACUGGCAGCGGAUAAUGUUGCAGGAAAAUGAAAGGAUACCAUAGUUGGUCUUGAUUCGCAGCCAGUGACCACAGCACCCGUUCAUGUCGUGUACAAAUGGAUAUUGUCGCGUUUCGAUGGUGUGCGAGCACCAGAUGUUGUGAAAGGUUGCCGCGGGAGAGACGAAUUGUUGUUACUUUUGCUGAUUGCCUCGCCUCUGUAUGUGCGGCAUGUUGCUGAAAAAGAAGCGCAGUGGAUAAUGGGAGGCAGCGUUUCUCGCAGUUGUCUGAAGUGCGAACAGUGGCAUGCUCUCAGGUUUACCUAGCUGCAUAGCAACAUGUACUGCCUUUAGGGGUUAGGGUAUACACCAAGUACGGUCGUAAGAUAAGUGCAUCCUGUUGGGGGUGUGAGCUUUGCACCUUUGCUUUGCUGUUGCACGAAAUUUGCAUCUGUGGGAGAGACAGUCGACUUGACACAGCCAAAUGCUGGGAGCAUCUCGAUGCAAACACUACUGGCGGGUUCGAAAAAUGACUGCUAGAUCAUUGCUGACCUCACAUUGAUUUGUUGCCGGCUCGUUCAUGAAAUCUUAUGUCAGCAUGUAAUGGAUCGUCUGCUGAAGAUUGUAGGUGGUCUAGAGAAAGCCAUUGGAAAAGCUGUUUUGUGGUAUUUACCUAUUACAAGGCAUUGGUACUGGCAAGUAUUGGCAUAUAGGGAUUUGUUUUCUUCAUUUGUGAGUAUAACGGCAUACAAAAUCGUUUCCAAUUUUUUUUUCUGUAAAUGUCCUGGCUAUGUAUAUAUUAUGUUAAGAACUACAAACCAAAUUUAGGGACACCAUUAGUGAAAAGGAUGGUCUUUGCCUGGUAAUAGGUGGUGCCGCAACACUGAUCUUGUGAUGCUGAAUUCAACGCUAGCACACACAACUAUAAUUGCAACAACCUGUUGGUAGCUGAAGUCCUCUUCACUACAAGUCUAGCAAUGUUGGACUUGCGCAAAUGCUGGAUAAUAGCAUUAAUAACAAACUUUAUGCAGACGUUUCAGUUUGUUGGAUGCCAUAAGGGAUCGGACCAUUUUUAAAAUUUAUUCAGUUGGUGCCUCCAAGUUGAAAGGAGAGAGCAGGUUGCAGUUGUUUUGCGAAUCUGGUUGUCUAGUUUAAGCAAGGUUCCCUAGUCAGAUGAAAAUAUUGCUGCCAGUUUGAAUACAGGUCCGUAGCUGUACCCGAGCUUGCUCCGGAUCUGUACCCGAGCUUGCUCGCAGUUGACUUAGAGUUGCUCCAUUUGGAUUUCUACUGAUCUGCAGACUGGUUUCGGAUUGUAACUAAUGCUGUUUGCAGCGAGCUGUUAUUUUGCUAAGACCUAAAAUGAUCCUAGUAUGAAAAAAAAAAUUCUGCAUUUAGAGGCUGGACCAGGGAAUGCCCAUAAAGAAUGCUUGUCAAAAAUGGCAUGCACUUGGCAUCAGUUAGCACUUGCUCCAGUUAGUAUGAAUGGUUUGUGUAGGAAAUAAGAAAUGUUCAUUAAGUUAUAACUGUUCCGGCUCAUCCGGUACACAUUAGAGAGCCUCAGCCUGUCUGUGACAUAAUGCAGUUUACGGAACACUGCAAUACUGGAUACACAGAGCUAUGCCGCAACACUGAUCUUGUGAUGCUGAAUUCAACGCUAGCACACACAACUAUAAUUGCAACAACCAUGUUUUAGCUGUCCCAUUUUACCUAAAUUGGCAUCCAUCUAGACGGCAGCAAGGAGCUACAAAGGAAACCCAUAUGGGUUUCCCAUAAAGCAAGCUUUGAAGUUGAAAAAUUCAUCCUAGUCUGGCGAUCAAACUCUGGACCAACGCUUUUCCCAAGUCUCUACCUUCUGAGCUGAUGGUGAGGCUACCAGAUUGCAGGGCGAGGGUAACUCUAUGUAUAGGGACACUUUCACCUUGCACGCUUCUGCAGAUCUGUUUUGUGGUAUUUACCUAUUACAAGGCAUUGGUACUGGCAAGUAUUGGCAUAUAGGGAUUUGUUUUCUUCAUUUGUGAGUAUAACGGCAUACAAAAUCGUUUCCAACAUGCUGUGGUUGAACAAAGCGUCGCAUGAUGGCACUAUCAAUGCUGCUGCAGUUGCUGUCGAUGUGUUCUUUUUUUGUUUCCAGUGUUCUGUUCACUGCGUUACGGAUGGGCAAUGACUAUAUUAUAAUAGCAACAGAUAAACCAAAUAAAGUGGCACUCGGAAUUGUAGCAAAAUGGACGAUUGAGCGAGGUAAUGUACAUUUUUAAAAUGUUUAAAGGGAACCAAAGGCACAGGAAGAACCACACAAGACAGGCGCUGGAAGCACAGUUGGCAAAUGUUCAUCGGUUUAUUUCGCUGACAGUUGUGUGCGUCGGGAUGCUUCCUGAAAGAUGCAAGUUGCUGGCAGCAGUUUGGUUUGCGCACCGGCCUCUUUGUGCUUUCAAUUUUGUUAAGGCUUAGCUUCAUCAGCUCAUAGAGCGAUCAGUGGCGACCACCACAGUAGUCCUCUUUUUUUUUUUUAAAUAACUUAUUCGAGCCAGCAUCAGAAGUACCAGCUCGCACAAGCAGAGAGCUCCGCUUGGCGCCUGUGUGCGUCGCUGUGGGGCUGCGUUUGUCUCUCUAUAUGGUACAUUUGAAUCGUUUCGUUGUCGUUAUUUUAUUAUUUUUUGUUAUGUUUAUCAUAUUUUUGUUUAGUACCUGUUUUUUUUUUCUCGGGCGUUCAUUUCCCCGGUGUUUUCUUGCCAACUCGAGCUGGUGGGGGGCUCCAGCGCCCUCUAUCCUCAGCACUUGACAGGUGUCCGACAACCACCUCCAUGCCCUUCCCCUUUCCUCACUCCCCCUCUGUCGCCUCCUCUGCAAGUUCCGGGGCACACGCACCCCCACCUUUGGUGGGGAUUGCAUUUUUUUGCUGUUUUUGGAUGUAGAGUCGCCCAUACGUAGCUAGUUCAACGAUGAAUCGGGCAGUGUUGGAAUUUUUCGUGGGGGAGUGUUAUGACGAACACCGUUGCCUGUCUCUCCCGCUGUGGGUGUGUAAUGUUGCCGGUGUGUGUGUGUGAAGAACUGUGUUCUCUCUAUCACAUUAUUUUGUUUUCCUUUCUUCUCUUGUGUGCUGCGCAAUGUGCACCGCUUUCUUCAUCCUGCUGUCAUGGAUAUAUGCAUUGUUUGUCGUCAUGCCUUUUUCAACCGCUUUGAUGCGGGAGACCACCACACCGGACUGUUGUCAUGCCCGCCUGUACUGUUCAAUCUCUAUCUCUUCGUCUUAGUUGUCUGUCUGCAACGGGCCGGGCCCUCUUUGCCAGCAGCCACGCAUGCGCACAAAAGCAGGUCGCUUGCUGCCGCCUUUGCAUCGAAAUGCGGAUCUGGGCACUUGUAAAAUAUCGCCAUAUUGUGAGCUCUGAUGUGCUCAGGGGCUACACAAUCUCUGAUUGGCCCGAAACACCAAUGUAGCAGAAUUUGAAUGUCCAGAUUUAGUAUUUUCGCUGCUCUGGCCAUGUUGAAUCGGCAAUCCAACGAUUGCCUCCAAGAAUGGGUAUCCGAAAUAGUUAAAAAUAAAAAGUAUAAGUACAACAUGUGCUCCUAACUGCCUCAAUGAUGUUGACAGGUUUUUUUUUUAUCCCUCAAUGUAGACAGCGUUUUUGUAUUUGGAACAGUGCAUGCAGAAAGCCAUACCUUUUAUCACACAAGUUUGUGACCUGUAUGGGAUGGGACGCUAACCACGUAUUGCGCAUGGAGAUUGUGUUAUUGUGCUUAUGUGCGAGACUGCAGCUAUUGCGUCAGUGAAACAGAAAUCCCGUUGUUGUCCACGACUAGCCAUGUGGCGAGACGGUCAAUGCACAUGCGCAGUUGGCGUACAUUGGAGACCAGCAGAUAAGAGCGGGAAGCUAAUACAUGGCCUCAGAGACUAGAAAGCUUGCGGCUAAUAACGGCGCGCAUCACCUCGGAGGCGAUAGCUAGCACUCAUGUGUGCAGUCUGUCAGUAAGCGUUAGGAUUUUGACCCAUAUAGCGAAGCUUAAUUUUUGAAUGGAAGUUCUGUUGUUUCCAAGUGAAGCUGAGCUUGACCGAGUGGCGAUUCGCAAAUAACUUUCCGACAGCGCUGGUGCGCAUGCGUGGUCGCUCGACCCUUGGGUGACCCUUCGACCACCGAGCUCAUUCCAAGUGUUCUUUCUCCUGUGUUCCUCACGUGUACGCGUUUGUCUUGCGCACGCUGGAAAUAAAAAAAAAAAAAAAAAAAGAAAGGCUGCCGCUUCUCCGGCAGCGGGACCGAGAGCCCUGGUGUGUUCAUUUGGCGCUCGACGAGCGGGCGGCGUCGAAGCAGGCUCUGCUCAAAUAGUCAAAAUAAAAAAAAAAUAAUGAAAACUGAA